AUGUCCUCCUUCCACCUGUCCUCCUGCCUGUCCUCCUGCCACCUGUCCUCCUGCCUGUCUUCCUUCCACCUGUCCUCCUGCCUGUCCUCCUGCCUGUCCUCCUUCCUGUCCUCCUGGCACCUGUCCUCCUGCCUGUCCUCCUGCCACCUGUCCUCCUGCCUGUCCUCCUUCCAUCUGUCAUCCUGCCUGUCCUCCUGCCACCUGUCCUCCUGCCUGUCCUCCUGUCACCUGUCCUCCUGCCUGUCCUCCUGUCACCUGUCCUCCUGCCUGUCCUCCUGCCACCUGUCCUCCUUGCACCUGUCCUCCUGCCUGUCCUCCUGCCACCUGUCCUCCUGCCUGUCCUCCUGCCACCUGUCCUCCUGUCACCUGUCCUCCUGCCUGUCCUCCUGUCACCUGUCCUCCUGCCUGUCCUCCUGCCACCUGUCCUCCUUGCACCUGUCCUCCUGCCUGUCCUCCUGCCACCUGUUUAAUGAUGGCUGGUCUGUGUCGGACUCUGUGUCUCUGUGUAGGAUGGCUGGUCUGUGUAGGACUGUGUCUCUGUGUCGGAUGGCUGGAUGUCUGUGCUGUGUAGGAUUCUGUAUCUCUGUGACUCUGUGUCUCUGUGAUGUCUGUGCUGUGUAG